AUGGCAUCCCUUGCUCAAGCCCCCUCCACGUUGAGGGAUCUUAACCAAAAUAUACGGAAUUCCCCGGGUCAAACCCUGUCAGAGAGGCAGCAAAAGGAAGCAAGAGAAGCCAAAGCCCGCGCUCAAGAAGCAAUAAACAGCGUUCGUGGGAUGAUCGAGUCCGCCACGCAGAACUACGAAGCUCGCAAAAAAGCUAGGAAAUUUGAUGCUGAAACUAAAAAAAGAGCCGCUAAAAAGCGAGCCCAAGCCGCUGGGCCACUCGAUACCAACCAGCAAUUCAAGACUGACACAGAAACGAAUUUGUCCACUGUGAAAGAGACUGUGAAGGAUAUGGAAAACUCUAUCAGCCAGAUAAUACCUAACUUCGAUAAUACCUUGGGACUGUCUGGUCUUUCCACAUUCUCGGCUACUUUGGAAUCGGUGCCUCUUGUGGGUAUUUUGAACUCAACGGUACAAUAUAUAGCAACUUCGCUUGACCAAGAUGGUAAUAUUGAUGAAGAGUGGGCCUUAUUUGACGAUAUGCCUGGCACUCCUGCCUCUGGAGAAACGACGUCUUUAUUCUCCUACAAAGGCAGUUUCUUCGUCACCGUCGGAGGCAAUGUCUGGGCAAAAAACCCCAAAAACAGUGGUGACCCGAACUUGGCACAGGCCUCGAACAACUGGCCAGAACUUUAUAAUCCGGGAUGGGAUGCUAUGGGUAGUUGCAUUCCAGCCGAAAAUGCAAGAAGCUUUGUUCCUUAUAGUGAAAUAUCCUCGAAUAACACGGCGCUAAAUUCAUGGCUCAUCAUGCUAAACGUCGACGGGUCAUUGAGUUACAGCUCCCAGGAGGUGGGCACAAACAUGCAGUUUGACCCGCUGCCAUCAGAUGGCGGUUCAGCUCCUAAUCUCCUGAAAGCAGCGUACUGGAAUGGCUCAAUCUGGGGAUAUGAUGGAAAUAUGAAUCUCUAUCAGAUUGUUCCCAACACCGAUAGCACAGGAGGAAACCUUGUGAAUUAUACCAUCAAGAGCCAGAGCAGCUUGUCGGAUCCUAUACUUGAUCUCACGGCUGUGGACACCGGGCUUGUUGCUUCGCAACCAGAUGGGAACCUCUGGAAGCUGGUCGUCAACCCACCGGCCGAUGAGAAUUCGGGCCCAACACAGACGUGGACUCAGUGGGUUUCUCAGGAGGGCGUGACUUGUCUUGGCGCUGCAGCACCUGGUGUCAUUCUUGACAUGCAAACGUUGACUACAUAUUUGAAAGCCAACUAUAUUGAUACCCAAACUUCUCUGUUUUCGGACAUCAGCCUUAUCCAGGCAUUCUGCACCAGCCAUGAGAAAUACCUGAAGAAGCUUAUGAAAUACUCCAAGCAGUGGAUGAAUGCUCCGACUGAGAAGCAGAAAAAUAAAAUAGCAAAGAAAGCUAGCAAAUUCGCGAUUGGUCAUUGUCAGGCAGUCGGCCAGCUCUUAUCCGACAAUCUGGGAGCAGCAGAUGGCAAGGUGGUGCUUAUGACAAAUCAAAUAAGCCAGAUCAACGAUAAUAUCCAAGCGCAGCUGAUUGCUAUUGGCAACCAGAUUACUGAUCUACAAGACACAAUUAACGAUGAAGAGCAAGAGGAAAAGACGCUCACAUCUCUACUCUGGGGUGCAGUGGCUGCCGCUGUUUGUGGCAUUGGCUUGAUCAUAGCCGCCUUCUUCUUUCCUCCGCUCGCACCUCUACUUGGCUUUGGUGGAGGAGUUCUGCUUAUAGGGGGAAUUGUAAGUGUAGGAGUCUUGGGAGCCGAGCUCGGGGACUUGAGGAACGCGAUUUUGGCAAACCAAGAGUCACUUAACAACCUAAAAGCGUCGAAAAGCGAUCUUGAAACCAUCGGCAAUAAUUUUGGAUCCCUCUCAAAUGAAUAUGAAUCCUUGGAUUCAUUCUGGACAGAAAUGUAUGACAUCAGCCAGCAGAUUACUGACCUCGAUGGCCUGGGUACAGAGCUGCUCGGCGAUCCGUCCAGCAUUACAGCAGCAGAGAGCGACGUCAAGAAAAUUAGUAAAUACCUGAGUGAUUAUGUCGCCAUCCUUGGGUCGCAAGGGAUCAAUCCUCCAUCUCAAGCUCUAGAGAAGCUCCCAAAGAAUUUACAUUCAAUGGCAUUCCGUGACCUGGAACUGCAUGUCCAGAAAUCAGAGCAAGAUACAGAUCGACAAUUCGCCGUCAAGCAAGAGAUUGUCAACCGCAUGGUGCACACCGCCACAGAGAGACUCGAAGGGGACGAUGUUGCCAGUUAUCUGUCAAUUCUCAAGCGCGCCGUGUCAUUCAAUAAACAUAUUCAUCACCCACAUCUGAAACUAAGCGUCUAUUAG